AUGAAGGUUACCGACUUGGUCAAGUUGUACUUCAAGCCUGCGGGCUUGCUGCGCUUCGCGCCAUAUCUCCUCGUUCUUCCCAUCGUUAUCUUUUACUGCCUCUCGUUGACCGGCUGCCUCUCCACGUCCCCCGCGAUUCCCAACAUCUACAUCGUCGAUCUCUGGGCCAACAACGGCAACACUAACUUCACCGACACGGACCCCCUCGUUAAAGUCCGCGUCAACUACUUCGGCAUCUGCGGCGUCGAUGACGAAGGCACCCGCUGCAUGGCCACCACGGGCAAAUCUAUCGCCACCCUAACCGCCAACCUCUUCCCUACCAUCGCCGGCGGCCCCAGCAACAACAACACCAAAGGCUCCUCUCACACCACCCGGGCCGCCUCAGCUGCACCCGCAACCCCCGGCAAAGCCGAGCUCACCGACAUGGUCACAACGGCCAUAAACCUCCAAUCCCGCAACUUCAUCUCCGUCCUCGCAGGCGCCGCAGUCCUCUUCCUCUUCUCCCUCGCCGGGCUCGUCCUCCUCAAGCGGGACUCCGCCAACCAGCUCAACGCCUGGGAGCGGACCCGCCGCAGCGUCAUCAUCCGCCGUAGCACCUACGGUCUGCUGUACGGCUCGACGUCGCUGCUAUUCGCGGCGGCGCUGUCUACGACACAGUCGGCUGGGGCGCUGGAGUGGGCGGCUGCGGGCAUGGUGCAUGCGAGUGUUUUGAUCAAGAGUGGGACGACGCUGCAGGUGCUGCAGUGGUUGGUGUUUGGGUUCCAGGCGGUGUUUGUGUUGACUGUGCCAAUUUUGAUGAGGGCGCCGAAGGCGGAGGAGGGGGGGUUUAAGGGGGAGGUUUAA